UAAGAGCCGGGCGAAUUUUAAUUGUGCUUAACCAAUUUAAAGGAAAAGCAGCACCAUGACAGAUGAGCUGUGGUCUAGCGAAUAUGCCGCUAAUGAAACUAUUCGGCUAAACAAGAAUGUUAGUUCUGGCGAUUAUCAGAAUGCUUGGCGAAAACAAAAGCUGAUAUUGGCACAUGCUACGAGCAACUUAAGUGAAACUAUCCGCUAUGAAGUGCUCAAGGAACAUCAACAGUUAUUUUCAAAUGCCAGCAGCACGGAAGUCUUUAUGAAUGACUGUUUGUCUGGAUGCCGAGGCCUGCUGACAGCGAGUCGACGUCGAAGAGCCGCUGCUGAACUGCAAGUGGAAUGGCGCCAGCCACCUGAUCAUUUAUUUGAGCCUGUGUGCCGUGGAAAAUAUGAGAGCUGCAAACAUGACGAAAAUAUAGAAUUGAAAAAAUCCCCGAAAGGGACACCGCCAGAAAAAACAGCAGUGCCAUUAUCGAGCACAGCAAGCCUUGUCCCUGCACCAGGGGCAGCUGGCAAUGGAGGAUUUCGUACAGCACGUGAACAGCUGCUAUUGCAUGAAAUGCAGAAGACCAAAAAAUAUGAAACUGUUGCCUCGAUUCUGAUGGACUACAGAAAAAAAUCGCUUGGCGGACGUGCAUGCAGCUUAAAUGCUAACUUUGUGCAACCUGUUGGAAGAAGUGACUCGAAUGUUUUAGCUGUUCCAAAAAAGAAAUCCGAGCCUGCAGCACCUGCUGCAGAUGUGCUACCUGUUCCGGCCGCGUUGGCGGACUUGGACUCCCAUAUGGUUCAGCAAAUAAUGCGUGAGAGUAUGCACAAAUACAAGCCGGUAACAUGGGAUGAUAUAGCUGGGCUGGACUAUGCCAAGUCCACGUUCAUGGAGACCAUCAUACACCCAUUACAACGCCCAGAUUUGUUCAAGGGCAUUCGUCGACCCCCACGGGGUGUUUUGCUAUUUGGUCCGCCCGGCACGGGAAAAACUUUGAUUGCCAAGUGCAUUGCCUCGCAGUCGAAAGCAACUUUCUUUAGCAUAAAUCCCUCCACAUUGACUUCCAAGUGGGUGGGCGAAGGCGAGAAGAUGGUCAAGACUCUCUUUGCGGUAGCUGCCGCACAUCAACCGGCCAUUAUAUUUAUGGAUGAAGUCGACUCCUUGCUAUCGCAACGCUCGGAUAGCGAGCACGAGAGCUCCAGACGUAUAAAAAACGAGUUUUUUAUACAAUUAGAUGGGGCGGUAACCAACGAGGAUGACCACGUUGUGGUCAUUGGGGCCACCAAUCGUCCUCAGGAGCUGGAUGAGGCUGUGCGGCGUCGCUUUGUGCGUCGCAUCUACGUUUCGCUGCCCGUGGCGAAGGCACGUCAGCUGAUAAUUCAGAAGCUUAUACAGCAAAUACACCACAACCUCAGUGACGCACAAAUAGAAGAACUAGCUAAAUUAACCGAAGGUUAUUCAGGCGCCGAUAUGGACAGUCUUUGCCGUUAUGCGGCUAUGCAGCCACUGAGAGCUUUAACAACUGCUCAGAUUGACGUAAUCGAUGCACAGCAGCUGCCCGCUGUUACGAUGACAGACUUUACGAACGCCCUGCAGCAUAUCUCGAAGAGCGUCUCGGCGGAUGAUGUGAAGCGUUACGUGUCUUGGAAUCAAACUUAUGGGAUUGAGCGUUAAAUAAUACAACAUGGACUAAAUAGUUUUGAUUAAUGCUUUAUUU